GUUUUGUACGGUGUGCUUUCGCGUGGGACAGUCGCGCGUAACCUGCCCAUCCAUGAAGUCCGUUCCAGAACCGUGUCACCCACAAAACGGAACUUUUUCUGCGUCCAUUCAGUUUGUUGAUCUGUUUCAUUUAGCCUUUGUUGAUUUUUCUUCGCUUUCAAAAAGUCUAAAAAUAACGAACAAUAGUACAGUAGCAGCAAAAACGCGUUCGCCUGCGUCACGGAAUUGAGUGAAUAAAAUAUUAUACCGGUUCGCACUAUGGUGGAAGCAAGCGACAGCAGUUGCCGAAAGCAGCAGCAGCAGCAGCAGCGCCAGCAUCACAGUGCCGACGAUCGUACCGAGCGAACGUUCACCAAACUAUCGCAAACCGUCGCGAAGCUGCUCCGGGUCGAGGUGGAAAUCCAACGGAACCGCAAACCCAGCGCGUGCUGCUCACACCAUCGCAAGCAGCGCAGCAAAAGGAAGCGCAAACGAACGAAGGUGGUGUUUACUGGGGAAAAGUUUGAAGAUCCCGAUCCCUACCAGCUGGCCGUGCGGAAAACCAACUAUGGCAAACGCAAGGAGAAGCUGAAGUUUAUCGGCGAACAGUUCCAAGAUCCCGAUCCGUACGGGUUGGCCAUCCGCAAGACGAGCACCGCGAGCAGCUGCACCAGCGAUCAUCAUCGCGAGCUAUCACAGCAGUAUCGUACGCAGCUGGCCGAAACGCAUCCCGCGACCGUGUUCUCGCCCAUCGAUUACAUAAAACGCGACAUAAAGUGUAUUGCGGAAAUGCCCGACGAUGAGAUGGUGGCGUACGACCGUUGCGCGGAUGUGUCCAAGCAGGCGGAACUAGCACCGGCUGCGGGAUGGAAACCUCUGCUAGCGCAGGCCUGUGCUGUGGGUGCGAAAAAUGUGCUACUUCUGGGGUAUGGCAUGACGUUGGGCUUCCCUACGAUAGUAAUUCCCGCCAUUCAGGGUGGCGACGGGCGCGAGCCGGCCCUCGAGCGGGACGUCACGCUGAGCCGGGAGCAGAUUUCGUGGCUAAGUUCCAUCAACUUGAUCUGUGUGCCGUUGGGCAGCAUUUUUUCCGGCAUGCUCGCCCAACCGAUUGGCCGACGGCGCGCAAUGCAGCUCAUUAACAUCCCCAUCUUCGUCGCCUGGCUGCUGUUCCAUUACGCUAGUGAUGUAACGUUCCUGUACGUAGGACUCGCAUUGGCCGGCCUUAGUGGAGGGCUCGGUGAAGCUCCUGUGCUGACGUACGUCGCUGAGAUUACGGAACCUCGGUACCGGGGUAUGCUGGCCGCUACCGGUUCCACCUGCGUCAUAUUGGGCGUUUUGCUCGAGUUUCUCAUGGGCAGCUUCUUGAAGUGGCGCACGGUCGCACUGAUCAGUGCCGUCGUGCCCGUACUGGCCGUGGUGGCGCUAUGUUUCAUCCCGGAGAGUCCCGUUUGGCUGGCUAGCAAGGGACGAUUCGAGGAUUCAAAGGCAGCCCUUGCUUGGCUACGCGGCUGGACAUCGAAAGACCAGGUUGCGCACGAGUUCGAGGAGAUAGAGCGUCAAAUGGCAACGGACGCGGAACUGCAGAAGGAUUUCACGAUCGUGGAUAAGGCGCGGCUCUACACGCAGCGGGCCUUCCUGCAACCGUUCGGUAUUAUUUUGCUGUGUUUCUUCAUCGGACACUUUUCCGGCAUGACGACACUUCAAACCUACGCCGUCCAGAUCUUUCACACUCUGAAAGCGCCCAUCAACAAAUAUUACGCGACUUGUCUGCUGGGACUGACCGAGCUGAUUGGGACACUGUUCUGCGUGUUUCUGGUGCACCGUACCGGCAAACGACCGCUCGUGUUCAUCUCGACUAUUGGAUGUGCCAUCUGCUUCUUCGGAGCGGCCAGCUAUGCCUACUUCCUGAACGACAUCCCUGGCGCCGCCGUACAAAACGUGGUCGCAAAUGUGUCCUCCAUCAAGGCGGACAUCACGGUCAUACCAUUGCAGUCCAAAGAGGUAAUAGCGGAGUGGCAUCGUAACAGCACGGUGCACCCGCCGAUCAAUCUAACGCAGAUCGAAACGCAAUUAGCCAAUAGCAACGCAUCCUUGCGUGCAGAAGCGAUCAACGGCACAGCCAACCAUUCGCUGGACAGUGGCAUUGUCUAUGCCGCGCAGAGCUUCACCAACUACUACCUUAACGAUAGCCUGAACGAUCCAAUUAACAUUACGAUCAGUUACGGAGAGUACGUUAAAUCCGCUAUCCCGAGAGAAGUGUUCGUGCCGUUGCCGCACGUGAACAAGAACAAGUACGUAUGGAUCCCGCUGACCCUGCUGCUCGGCAGUGCCUUUCUGACGCAUAUUGGCAUUCGAUUGAUACCGUGGAUACUGAUAGGAGAGCUCUUUGCGCCGAACGUGCGCAGCGGUGGGUCCGGGCUGGCCGGCGGCAUAGCGUACAUCUUCGGGUUUAUCGCCAACAAGACGUUCCUCAAGAUGCUGGCUGUAUUCACCUUACCGGGGACCUUUUGGAUCUACUCGCUAGUAACGAUCGUCGGAGCCAUGAUCCUUUACAAAGUGCUUCCCGAAACGGAGGGCAAAUCGCUGCAGGAGAUUGAAACGUACUUUCUGGCGGGCAAAAAAACGUCCACGACAAUAGACCAAGAAGCGCCUGUACCACCCCGGCUGGGGCCAAAGGUUUCCACUGCCAGCAUGCAUCCGGUGCCGCCACCGAUCCCACCAAAACCCUACCCCUUGAAGGAUGAUAUCGAUCGGGCACGACGUAUCUCGCUGGUGCCACGACAAAUGUCUCAAUCGUCGCGAAACACGACCGCAUCCGACUUCUCGCGUGCGUCGUUCAAUUCUCAACACUCUCACAACCAUUCUGGAAUGAGUCGCAACUCGUCAUGGACCUCCUAUACGCUGGAAGACACGCACGACCAUGCCCAUCCGGUGCAGGUGUUUAGAAAAAUAUCCGACUCAAUUCCUGCCGUUGAAGCCGUUGAAUCACAGCACAGCAUGACGCAGCCGCAACCAUCAAGAAAUCAAGUGUCAUCGCACGUCCUUCCUGUCGUGAGCGCCGUUGGUCUAAAGCCGGAGCGAAAGGUAUCUAGCGGAAAGCAAACUUUACAUGUAAACGCCGAUUUAAAGCACCCGGCGCACAAAACCCAACCAAUGACACGCCCGGUACGUGCACGAGCAAGACGGCCACCCCCAUCACAUCAGUUUGAUUUCCAAGGUUCCGAAAGUAACAAAAAGUUUGAAGAAUUUCUUCACCGCUAUCAGGAUAAAGCUCAAGACUCGCACGCGCAAGCGAAUCGUCCUGUGCGCCACGUAACUAGCGCACACGAUCUUAAAGCUCUCGGGAAGGAGUCUCAGCCCAGUUCUGGCGCAAUUGCUGCUGCGAAUGGCGGCGGGGCCGGUAUAUUGACGGAUCGCAAACUUUUCAACAGCACCACCAAGCUGUCCUCCUCGUGUGCCGGAGAAGGCGUAGAACAUCAUGUCGCUCGCGAAGCUGGACUCAGCAAUGCCGGAUUUCAUUUAAGCUCAAGUGACGAAUCGACGGAUAUGUAGCACAGAUGGAUUACAUUAUUCGAUUUCGAUCUUAUUUAUGCAGCUGGAGAAGCUUUACUGUAGUAAUUUGUUAUUAUUCGAUUCGAUCUAAUUUAUGCAGCUGGAGAAGUUUUACUGUAGUAAUUUGUAUAGUAUUUGUAUUUGGAUUGUUUUAUUACCUUACACUCAUUGCACAUUCGCUGUACAGUCGCAGUUCUUGGUUCGCAGGUUCGCCUAUUCGUACUCACACAAAUGUCCACACCGCGGACACUUGGAGUUGUUUGCAAACCAAUGCUUCAUAUGCUCCAGAUGGCCUCCAUGCGAGCAUCCCUGGCACCAGGCGUACAGGCCGCGAACGACCCCAUUGCAAACGCUGCACUUCGAGCUUUGAGUAGACUUACAGCGUGCGCAAUACCAUCCCACCGAUCCAACCAGUUGCUUCGAACAUUGGCCACAGCUCGUGUACAUGGUCGUCGACUGCUGGUUCAUCUCCGACACCGAUCGGAUCCAGCUGAUGUUGAUCACCUGCGAUGCCUCGUUCCAGAGCUGAUGCCGGUGAAGCAGCUCGAUGUACGACAGCAGCCAGUUCUCCUGGAAGCUCUCGUCUAUCUGCAAGCUAUGUCUGCGCUCCCCGAGUGCCAUUAGAAUGCAGGACGAUGUCUGCACGUCACCGAUUUCCGUCUGCAACGUCAAACAGUCAGCCAGCACCUGGUGCGGUUCCCAGAUCGGCGGGGAUGGGUUGUGGUCGGAGAUUUUUAGGAAGGUCGGCGCCGUAUUCGGUGGUGGUGAAGUUUCGAGCGAUUUUUCAGCCAUCAGAUGCUUGCGAGGCUGCGUUUGAUGCAACUCGUGCGCGUUCAUUAGAUUCGACGAUGGGAACGUGUAGUCUUUCACCAGGUCGUGCGGUCCGGUGUAAAGAAAUCCAUCCCGAAAGCCUUUUAUACAGUCGACCGAAUCGAACGUUAGCUCCGUCUCACCGAACACGAAAUCGCACUUGUCCGGUUCAAUGUCCACCGAUAGCAGCUGCCCCAAGCCGUGCGUUUCGUGGGCGGUUUUGCUGUUUGCAAACUCGAGGAAAUCGUCAGUGCUGCUGUUAUUUGCGACAUUUGCCGGGCCAGUGCUGGGGCCGCUACCCAUCGCACGAUCUUCGCUGCGUCCCGUGCUCGAUUGGUUGGAGUUUUGCGCCAUCAGACGACCGCUGCCAUGAGCUAUUGCGUUCGAAUUGCGUUGCUCCAGCUUCAUGUUGGCGAUGGAACUGUACGCGUACAGUUGGCUAAUAAAAUUCCACAGAAAGCUCA